CACCAAGAUGCUUUCAUCAGCUAGAAAAGUCAUCACCAAAAAUUCCAACAAGUCCGGUCUUGCAUCACUCAUCAGCAAUAACUCCAGAUGUUUUUCAACAAACGCAACCCAACACAAGGAAGUUAUGGUUAGCUUCAACUGGAAAGACCCACUUAAUGUUGAAAGUUUGCUCACCGAAGAAGAAAAGGAAAUUCGUGAUCAAGUCCAUGGUUACUGUCAAGCAAAACUCAUGCCAAGAGUUUUGGAAGCCAAUAGAAAGGAACAUUUUGACCCUGAAAUUAUGAGAGAAAUGGGUGAAAUGGGUAUGUUAGGUAUCAAUAUUCAUGGACAUGGUUGUGCUGGUGCUUCAAAUGUUGCUUAUGGACUUGUUGCUCGUGAAGUUGAAAGAGUUGAUAGUGGUUAUCGUUCUGCAAUGUCUGUUCAAAGCUCCCUUGUUAUGCAUCCUAUUAACCAAUGGGGUAAUGAAGCACAAAAGCAAAAGUAUUUGCCAAAACUUGCUACUGGUGAAUUAAUUGGUUGUUUUGGAUUAACUGAACCAAAUCACGGAUCGGAUCCAAGUAGUAUGGAAACAAAAGCCAAGUUAUCACAAUGUGGAAAAUAUUAUAUUUUGAAUGGUUCAAAGAUGUGGAUUACUAACUCACCAAUUGCUGAUAUUUUCGUUGUUUGGGCUAGAAGUGAAGCACACGAAGGUAAAAUUAAAGGUUUCAUUCUUGAAAAGGGAAUGAAGGGUCUCACUGCACCAAAGAUUGAAGGAAAGAUGUCUCUCAGAGCUUCAAUUACAGGUUCAAUUGGUAUGGAUGAUGUCCAUGUUCCAGUUGAAAAUUUGUUGCCUCAUGCUUCUGGUCUUGGUGGUCCAUUCUCUUGUUUAAAUAGUGCUAGAUAUGGUAUUGCUUGGGGAGCUUUGGGUGCAGCUGAAUACUGUUUCCACACUGCUCGUCAAUAUCAAAUUGAUAGAAAGCAAUUUGGUAGACCACUUGCUCAAAAUCAAUUGCCACAAAAGAAGAUGGCUGACAUGCUUACUGAAAUUUCUUUAGGACUUGUUUCAUGUGUUCAAUUGGGUAGACUUAAGGAUAAGGGUGAAUGGGCUCCUGAAAUGAUUUCAAUGUUGAAGAGAAAUAAUGCUGGUAAAGCUCUUGAAAUUGCCAGAGUUUGUAGAGAUAUGUUGGGUGGUAAUGGUAUUGCUGAUGAAUAUCAUAUUAUUAGACAUUCUGCCAAUCUUGAAUCUGUAAAUACUUACGAAGGAACUCAUGAUAUCCAUGCUUUGAUUUUAGGUAGAAGCAUUACUGGUCUUGCUGCUUUCUAAAUUAAAAACACAAUUUUGUCAU